CUUCUCUGACUUUGCUUUGCUCCAUCCAUCAUCCAUCCCCACUUUUCUUACCUCUUUCUCUGCUUUCCCAUAAUACUUUGUCCCUUCUCUCUCUCUCUCUCUCUCUCUCUCUCUCUCUCUCUCUCUCUCUCUCUCUUAUCUCUUUUUAUUUCAAAAAAACUCCCAAGUAGCAGCAAAAUAUCACUCAACUACCUUCAAGUUUGUUAACUUUUUCUUUUUAUGAAAGACUUCUAUGUGAUUAUUUGCUCUAAUUCAAUUGCUUACUAGGAUUAGCAGAUCCAUGAUGAUGAUGACUCCGAAUUUGAACCUUGAAGCUGAAAACAGUUUAGAAGUUAGCAGUCAAGUAGGUUCCAAUGAUCUUACAAAAGACAGUGCAACCACUUCUUCAUGUCUUACAAAUCUCACUAAGCCUGACAUUAAUCUAAGUUCUAUUUCCCUCGACUUGACUCUUAACUUUGAUCCGAGCGAUGAAGAUUUGAAGGAAACAAGUGACACUAACAGUGAAGUAGUAGGAGCUGAUCAUGCUCAUAAUACUACUACUUCAGCGACACCGGUUCAUAGAGUUUUCUCUUGUAAUUAUUGUAAGAGGAAAUUCUUUAGCUCACAAGCAUUAGGUGGACAUCAGAAUGCUCAUAAACGAGAGAGGACAAUGGCAAAACGCGCUAUGCGAAUUGGAAUGUUCACCGAAAGGUAUACGAGCUUAGCUUCUUUACCUCUUCAUGGUUCUUCUUCUUUUCAUUCUCUUGGUAUUCAAGCUCAUUCUGCAAUGCACCAACAAUACAUGCCAUCGUCUUCGUUGUCAAUGAGGGCUCAUGAAAUGAGAGCCACGGCAAAAUUCGAGAAAGAUUGUUUCGGAGGAGCUCCGAUGUUUAUGCAUAAUGAUGAUGUUGGUAUAUUUUGGCCUGGAAGUUUCAGGCAGAUAGAUCAAAGUGUUCAUGUUCAUAAUCCAAAUUUGAAUACUAAUUUUGUUGUAGCAACAGAACCUCCUCAACAAAAAUCUACAGCUCCUGAUCUCACUCUGAGGCUUUAAGAUUUUUGUAUUUUAUUUAAAGUCUAAUAUUAGUUUUUUGUGGCAAUAAAAAACUAAUAUAUCUCAUGUUCAUUGUUUUUGAACAUGAAAUUACUAAUUAACUGUGCAUGGAUUGUACAGUGAGACUGAGAUGUUUAUUUCUAGUGACCUGUUUAGAUGUUUCUGAAAUUUUCAGAAAUGAUAGUUUGUUUUUUGCUUCAUUAUUCAUGUCGUUGCUAAAGCGCCUUGUAUGGUUUCGGUUGAAUUUCUCUGAACAUGAAUGUUCGUUGCUAAAGCGCCUUGUAUGAUUUUGGUUGAAUUUCUGUACAUGAAUGUGAAAUAGAGACAUGAAAGUUCUGUAUUUUUGACAUGAUAAGUAUGUUGCGAAAUAAUCAAGUUUGAA